AUGGUCAAUAAGCGCAGCAGUGGACAGGGCUCUCAGCCUGCGAAGAAGGCCAAAGCCAAGGCCAAAGCGUCAAGUGGCGCGCCAGAUGCUGCAGCUGUGGUGGCCGCGGCAACGCAGGCAGGAGGUCUGGCGCCUGUGACUUCUUUGGCAAAUGCUGGCGUUUUGCAGGCUCACCUGGAUUGUGUUCAGAGCUACCAUGCCGCAGCAGUUUCGGGCAAGGCUGAGCUGCUCACACCGCCCAAGAGGUGCUUUGUGCAGCCUUUCGAGGAGAAGGCAGCGGUUGCAAGCCUGAAGCGGGACGGGAAAUACUUGUGCGCCAUUAAUUUGGCUUGGCUCAAUCCGACCUACAACCCUCUCCCGCAGAUGCCAUUGAACAAGGGGGCGAUCAAGCACAUCCGCCAGCACUGGUUUUCUGCUCCAGCGUCAUUUGAUUCCCAGAAGCUUGUGGUAGCAGUUCUGCGAGCGGAGGUGGAGGCUGAGCAGCUGCCCGCUUUUGGUCUCUGGCGUACCAUGUCGCCUGUGGAGUCUCUCAUAGCUUGGUAUGAAGGGGCUGCGGAGACAGCUAGCGUGGUCAGCGAGCAGGGGGACGAUCCUGACAAUGUGUUGGAUGCCUGGCUGGAACACUUGCUCACUGCGCCCGCGACCUUGCAGAUGGUGGACAGCGAGCAAGACCUCAUGUGGAAGGCCCAACAAUGGAAGGAAGACACGAGUGCCCUGGGUGUGCUAGCCUGCACGGCAAUUCAAAGGGUCUUUGAUAUCCAGCACCGUCGUGCCACGAUGGGCGAGCAUUUCACUCCAGAGCGCGUUGUGGAGGAGUACAACAAGAACCUGACGCUGUCGGUGAAGUCUGACGCCAUCAAGGUUGGCCUUGUCAAUCACUGCACGGCUAUCUUUGACAGGCUUCUUUGCCACCAGCGCGUCCUGGAUUUGAUGCUCCAGGAGGAUGGAGAGAACCCCGAGCGCAGCAUCUUUGCUUGCAACGCGCAGCUCCAUGCCUUGGCUGCCAAAGUCGGCAGCCUGACUGUGGACGAGAAGUGCUGGGUAGUUGCCCUCAUGAUUGACCAGCGCCGGGCUGGCAUCCUGGACCCUUCCUCAGCCACAUCCCGCUUUCUGCAAGGGACAACUGCAGAGAGAAACAAGGGCUACAUCGACCUGCUUAUGCUGAAGAUGCGCAUUAAGAAUCAUCUGCUUGGUGUCUUCUUCGAAGGCGCGGGCAAGGCUGUGAAUGCCGACCACAAGAGUUGUCUCCGACAGGUUUUCAGCAGCCCCGAAGAGUAUCGCAAGAAGUUUGGCUUCCCGCAACAGCCAGAGGAAGAUCUCUCCUGGAAGGCUGGUUGGCCUGCCAGCAGCGAUUUGCUUCUCCGGGUGAUGCAGGACAUUCUCUACUCGGCCAAGUACGAUUCGGAGCUGAAGACAGCCUGUCGCAACAACUCAGAGGUUGUGGACAUUCUGAAUGGCUCUGGGGACGUUUCAGACCAGAUGCGUGCGUUUGCGGAACAGCUUCGGAAGGAGGCAGCGGAAGCGCAACUGGCGGCCGCCGCAGCGGAGCCGGGACCAGCUGGACAAGCUGCUGCAGGAGCGGCUGUGACAGAUCCGGAGCCGAUCCGAAGCCCAGCUGUCGCAAUCUUCCUGCAUGGGCGGAAAUGUCUCGAUGAAGAGCUCCUGAAGGAAGCCGAAACUAAGGCCCGGUUCCUCAUCAAUUCGAAUGUGAAUUUCACAGUCUACCCCUCCAGUGCCACGGAGCUUGAAAGCGCUUUGAAGAAGAGCAGUGCAGCCAAACCUUGUGAGGCUCCCAAGUGGUGCCUUGUCAUGGUGGAUCCUGCGCAACUCGGCGAGGCUGCCACGGCCCCGCACCUCCGCACCGUUCCCUUGAACUCGAAGUUCAUCACGCAUUUCCUCAAGGCAGUUGUGAUGUCCAGAGAUCACACCGGCAACAUGCUCGGCGGCCGGGACUUGUAUGUCAUGUGCUCCAAUGGAUCCCAGAGCACGCUCAACAAGCUCCCUGGACUUCUGCAGGACAGUCACGAAGCAUGGCCAUUUUAA